UCAGCCGUCGCAGCGCCUAUCAAAUAUGAUUUAAAAUAUCUGGGAGUUAAGCAAACCUUUUUGCUUUGAUUCAUUGUCGAUUAAUCUACAAAUAACUUUUUGAUUCCCCUACAAACUCCAAGGCUCCAUCUUGCCUUUUGAUUGACCGCUAUAUUUUUUCUGGUUGCUGAAUUUUCUUCCUGCUGGAGAAAAGAGAGAAGAGGAAAAAAAGCAAACACGGGGCGACUGAGAGGAAGAAGGCACAGAGGAAAAUAAAGGAGGUGGGGAAAAAGUGAAAUAACAGAUUAGCGGGAAAACAAGAGGGACAGGUUGGAGAGCAAGAAGACAUUGCGCAAGUGGAGGAGACUUGCUAUAUAUUUAGAAGUCUGAAUUUGCACGAAGAUCUUUGGUUGCUGUCUGUUCAUAAAAAGGAGGUGGCAUCAUGACGACAGAAAUGCAGGAAAUCGCCAUUACAGAGGACAAGCCUUUACUCACGGGUCAGGCUGAUCCUGCCAAGGAUGUUGCUGAACUGGCUGCGAGGAUACUCCUGGAUCAAGGACAAGAGCACAGCGUUGAGACCCCGCAUGGCGUUCUCCAUGUGACUCUCCACGGCACACGGACCACCCGCAGGCCCCCCAUCCUCACCUUCCACGACGUGGGUCUGGACAGUAAGAGCUGCUUCUCUACUCUGUUCAAGUUUGAGGAGAUGCAGGAGAUUGUCAAGAACUUCACCCUGAUUCAUAUUGAUGCCCCAGGACAAGAGGAGGGGGCUGCCGCCUACCCCAUGGGUUACCAGUAUCCCUCCAUGGACACCAUAGCGGAGAUGAUCCCUGCUGUGCUGCAGUUUUUCAACUUCCGUACUGUGAUUGGAGUGGGUGUGGGAGCAGGAGCGUACAUCCUCUCCAAGUUCACACUUGCAAAUCCAGAUUCAGUGGAGGGUCUGGUUCUGGUCAACAUUGACACCAACGCUCGAGGCUGGAUAGACUGGGCUGCUCAGAAGCUCAGCUCUGUGACUUCCUCCCUUGCAGAGCAGAUCCUGGCUCAUCUUUUCAGCCAGGAGGAGCUGUCAUCAAACACAGACUUAGUGCAGUGUCACAGAGAGCGCAUCUCUAAAGCUUCAAAUCUGGUCAACAUAGAACUCUUUUGGAAGACUUACAACAGCCGCAGAGAUUUGAACCUUGAUCGCAGCUACACUUUCAAGUGUCCAGUGAUGUUGGUGGUGGGUGAUCAAGCCCCAUACGAGGAAGCUGCUGUGGAGUGCAACAGCAAACUGGACCCAACAACAACUUCAUUCCUCAAGAUGGCUGAUGCUGGCGGUCUUCCUCAGCUCACUCAGCCUGCUAAACUGACAGAGGCUUUCAAGUAUUUCAUCCAGGGCAUGGGAUACAUGGCUUCCUCUUGCAUGACCCGCCUGUCUCGCUCCCGCACCACCUCCCUCUCCUCCUCCUACUCCAUGGAUGGCUCCCGCUCUCGCUCCCGCACCCUGUCCCAGGGCUCGCAGGGCGGCCAGAUGCCUCCCAGCCCCUCCCAAACGAUGGAGGUGUCCUGCUGAAGCAAACAAAAUAGAGAGAGAGAAAGAGAGUGAGAGAGAGUGGGAAAGAGAGGAAGGGGAUAGCAAAAGAAAGGGAAAGGCGAAGCUCGACAUUAAUGCAGGAGCAUGACGAACGGCUUUCUUAUUUGCCACAACACGACUCCCAUCAUUCCCCACAACAGCCGAAUAGAAAUAGAUGCAGUAAGAGGGAGGGAGGGAGGGAAACAAAUGGGAGUGAUUUUGGUGGAAGAUAGAGCUGACCUCCACAAGUUUGCAUCUCAUGCAAGUCCAGUCCUUCUCUUUACAUCCCCAGCUGAAAACAAAAGUAUACCGGGUUGUUCUACAGCAAAGCACAGGUUUUAAAAAGCACGACAAGAAUAAAUACAACAAAGAAAGGAGGUGAAGAACAAUAACAGUCCUCCCUCCCUCCUUCUGUUGGAGCCUCUGUCAGCCAUUUGAACCCUUUAAUCUAGAUUCAGAGUGGCAUAUAGAAGCCGCACACCUCCUGUUAACCAAUAGUAAUAAUUCUGAAAUGUUCUUGUUGAUGAUGAUGAUAUUGAAGCUAAUGAUGAUGAUACUCUAAUAGAAAAAAAAAAAAAAACUGUAACACUUUUCUCUUUAUUACAUAACGACUUUAAUAAUUACAUAGAUAAAAAAAAAAAAUCAUACUAUAGCAGCGAUACUUACAACGAUGUGUGUCUUCUACUUUUUUAAUUUAGCUUUUUCUUUUCUUUUCUUUUCUUUUUUUUUUGUCGGAUUUUUAUUUUGUAAUUUGUAACCUGUCUCAACAAGGGGCUGAAGCUACUGAUUGGUUGAGCCGUCGUGUGGUAACAGCCAAUGAGAGCCAUUAUAGUGAUUACUUCCUCUUUGAUGUUGCCAGGUUGUUUAUGUCUUCCAUUUGCCCCCAGUCUAUAAGUUAGUGUUUCUUUUUUUUUUUUAAGGCAGGAAACUCUGUUUUUUGGGGAUUUUUUUUCUCCUUCUGGACUGUUUGGAAAUUGCAUGCCUGGUGUCAGCCCAUGUGAACACUGACUGGAUAAUGUUUUACUUUCAUAUUCUGCUUACGCGUUGUAUGAAUUUGUGUAUGUGUGAGUGGAAAAUGAUGCUCCGAAGGUCGGAAAUGGUAAAGUUUAGAGGAGGUUUUUAUGUGUUUUAGCUAGCCGGCACACUAUUAUUAACAUUAGUCGCGCAUUAUAAAGUGCUUCCAAUAUCACUGGUUGUCUUGCACCACGUGUUGUGAUAUCCAGACCUGUGUGCUCCUCUCUAGCUGGUCUGGAUAUCGCACUUUUAGUGCUAGACCGGGCCAGAAGGGAUCACUGUGUUCAUCGUCUGGGUUGUAGUUUCUUAGCCUUGCCCAAGCAUAAACACCUCCUAACAAACCCAGCCAGCAUACUUUUAUGUUUAUGUGCGCUCUGAGGUGAAAUGAACACACAGUCCUCUCCACCAAGAAGCAGCUUUAUUCGUGCAGUGAGGUCGGGACAAAUGCGUUUGAAUGUGAUCGUUGUGUGAAUGAGGAGGUAAAUGGGGGGUGAAUGGGAGCGCUUUUAUCCAGUAAACACAAUUAACAAAGCAGCAAAGAGGGAGGAAGGACAGGGUCCACAAGGAUAGCGUAGUAAUAAUUGUUGAGACCAACAAAACCCCCUGUGACUAAUCAAUGACAAUGAACCAGCCCCUUCACUGCCACCACACUCAAGGUACAGAAAUGCCUGCAGAUGUGAACGAAUGUUCGAACUUUAAACCAAAUGGUUGUAGCCAAAAAUCAUCAAACAGUAGGUGUUUUUUUUUAUUUUCUUGGUCCAAAUUCUGCCAUCAGAAGCUAAAUAAAGACUUAGUAAAACUAACCUUCCUCUGAAUUGUUAAGAUUUUAACACAAAGCUUACCACUGCCCUGUGACGUAGCCAUUAAACUCUAUUUGUAAAGGAACCCAUAUUUGGAUCCAAGCAUGUGCAUUUAUAAGUGUGUUCUGAUCCAACUUUUUUUAGUUGUUUUUUUUUUAAAAUAUAAAGAGCGCAUCAUUUAAAUAAAUUAGCUGGAGGUUGCCUGUUUCUUGCACAUGCUAUGCAGUGCUCCUUUCCCCAAACUUUUUUUUAGUAAGACUGAGUGAUGAUGAUUUUGCUGAGCGUGAGAAGAAAGUCAGCAGAGUGCCUGGGAUUGGAGCUUGUAGAUUGAGGCGAUGGCGGCAGCAGUCUGUUUUAAGUUCCCUCCCCUCCGAGCUGCCAAAGCGAUGCACGGCCACGUUUUGAGUCGGUAAUGGUCGAUAAGUUUGCUGCUGAAAACAAAACAUUGUGACAUCAAAUCAGGAUGCUUUUCCUUUUUCAGGCACAUUAGAUUUCUAGAAUGUUUGGUUGAAAUAAAAACAGUCAGGCAUGGGAAGGUCUACCAAAUAAAGAACAUGUAGAACCGUGAUAAUAGUUAAUAAGGAAAACAGAGUGGUACUUCUUUCUGGAGAGUUGAACAGGGUGGUGUGAUUGUAAACGCUUGUCCAUUUUGUCUUUUUUUUUUCUCUUAAUUUUUACUUUGAUUACUUUUUUCUUUUCCCUUAUACAGUCUUGAGGUUUUUAUUUUAUUUUAGUUUUUUCAUUUCUUUUUUAAAAUCUAUGUGAAGUGUUAGUUUACUGUCCCAAUGUGCUCACAAGUUAGUUAACCGUGUGAUAGUUCUUGUGUAACUUUUUUAGCAUUAGCGCUUAUAAGGGAGAAUAGUAAUAUAAUUACCAAUAAAAAGAUGAAAUGCUAAGAGAAUAAAAAUCAGAUUUACUUGUGUGGCUAAUUUCUCUGUGUAACACAAUGGACAUCCUAAAAAAAGUCAAGCAAACUUAAAUAUUAAUAAAUGAUUGAGCGGA